GUCCACGUGUGGGGAAGUUGCUUGCGUCGCCUUAGCAAGUUUUUCAAUUUAGCAACAGUUGUUACUUUUAUUUACGUAUAUGACAUCUCUAACAUUUCAAGCUAGUCAGUUUAACAUGUCUACGCGCUGGUUAAAUGCACGUCAUUAGAGGUGGUGCAUCACACCUGGUUCAUUAUGGGUCAGUGGAGGCCUCUGUCAAACCUACGACUUCAGCUGUCUCGACACCCUCCAGUGGUUGUGUUCUUCCUGUGUCUGCUCAUUCUCUCCAUAACCUUCGUCUGUGUUGGACUUUACUCCCAGUAUCACAACAUCAAGAACCCUGACAUAAGCUUAGACUGGAACCAGGUUCUGGGUUCUAUUGCUGGUUUCAAGUUCUGCACACAUCUGAAUGAUACAGAUGCACAGCUUGAGGAAGACUCUCCUCGAAUGGUGGAGCAUGUAGACAGGACUGCAGCAAAUGUUUCCACGAGAACCACUCAUGUUUCCUUACUAGUACCACUGGUGCUUAUAGGGGACGUCCCAACUGAUAGCAUCAUUAGUGCCACAAUGUUGGGCGGCCAGCUGGGCAUGAAAGGAGCCGCGGCGAAAACAUCUGUGAACAUAUCUCUACUCCUGCACACUGAUGUUCUGAACUCAAACUUUAAAGGGAUGACUGCACCAAAUACCUUAAAUACCCAAACUCCUGCUGGGACACGGACACGACCAACGCUGACCUGUCUUCAGCUCACUGCCCUCACCAAUGUACUCCCUCAAACUCCGCUACCCCCAGAAUGCCUAGUUGCCAACAAUGAAGACAUGAGUACUUCACCUGUCAGGGCUGUUGCUGUAGAAUCAUACAAGCAAAAUUCUCCACACUGCAUCAGCCUGGAGUUCACGCCAGAUCCUCUCCUGACGGUCAUGCUCACUCCGGAUGAGAAAGCUGUGUGCAGGUAUCACCUGUUACUGGUCAGUAUUGCGCUGCUGGGUAUCUGCGUGCUGAUGAGUCUCUGUGGAACUUUUUUCUCAUCGAAAUCCUCUCGUUCUUACCAUGGAAAUGACCUUCAAAAGGAAUCAUUGCUGAACCCUUGAGAAACACGUGCAGAAGAUCCGCAUCCGAGAUCGUGUCGGUCUUGUCCAAAGAAAUUGCAACCAGUUAUGCAGAUUGCAUCCACUGCAGUUCUGAAUGGAUCCAGAUUGAGUGUGUGUGACUGUAUUUCAUGUGUGGUUGCAACAUUGUGUUAUAAUGUAUGAAAUAAUUCUCAUCUGUGAAUGUUAACAUCAGCAAUAUCAAAAGAACAUAACCACAAAUUGAUGGUUAUAAGAUAACUUUACUCCAAGAGUAAGUUAAAAGAUAGCUGUGUUUUGUUGAUGUCACCAAAUUAAAAUAAAUCUUAUUGCAUUGCUGUGAAAAAGUAUUUGCCCCCAUCCUGAUUUCUUCUGUUUUUUUGUAUAUCUUAUACUAAAUCUUUUUAAAAAUUCUAACACAAAGGCAAUCUGAGUAAACAUAAAAUACAGAUUUUAAAUUGUUAUUUAUUGAAGCAAAAAAGUUAUCCAAUACCAACCGGGAUGUUUGAAAAAGUAUUUACUAAAUGCCCAAAUCUAUGAAACUGCAUUCAUAAUGGGGUUCAGCUGGACUAGACACACCCAGAUCUGUUUACUGACAGUCCUGUUCAAUCAAAUCAACACCUAAAUACAACUUUUUUUAGCAGCAUGAAGUUGGCUAGAAGGUCUCACCCUGUAGCACACAAUGCCAUGGUCAAAAAGGUGAUUGAAAUACAUCAGCCUGGGAAGUCUUACAAAACUAUUUCAAAAGGUCUGAGACUCCAAAGAACCACAGCGAGACCCAUUAUCUCCAAAUGGAGAAAACUUGGCAUGGUAGUGAACAGUCCCAGAAGUGGCUGGCCUUCCAAACUUCCUCCAAGAGCACAGCGACAACUCGUCCAGGAAGUCACAAAAAAGCCACGGACAACAUCCAAGGAACUGCAGGCCUCUCUCGCAUCAAUAAAGGUCACUGUUAAUGACUCCACUAUCAGAAAAACACUGCAAAAAUGGCAUCCAUGGAAGCGUGGCAAGGCAAAAACCACAGCUAACCCCGAAGAACAUUUAAGGCCCGUCAUGAAUUUUGCCUAAACACACCUUGAUGAUCCUCAAAGCUUUUGGGAGAAUGUUCUGUGCACCGAGUCGAAAGUGGAACUGUUUGGAAGACGGGCCGCGUUACAUCUGGCAUACAUCAAACACAGAAUUCCACAAAAAGAUCAUCAUACCUCCAGUCAAGCGUGGUGGUGUGAUGGUGUGGGGAUGCUUUGCUACCCUCAGGGUGACUUGCAAUAAUUGAGGGAAACACGAAUUCUGUUCUCUACCAGAGAAUUAUGAAAAUACACAAACAUAAAAGAAAUCAGGAAGGGGCAAAUACUUUUUCACAGCACUGUGAAUGUUAACCUAAUUUGAAAAUAUUGCUUGAAAUAAAGUGUAUUACACCA